UGCUCUCAGUCAGGUGACGAGUGUUCAUUACUUAAACACAAUUUCUGAACUUAUCCCAAGCUUUAGCUUUACGAAUUUAAUCCCGAUCACGAAAGUAACCAUAACCUCUCAAAUAAUACACCAUGGCAACAAGAAUGCCGCAUGAAUUUAUCACAAAGGCAGGAUGGGUUCACAGACAAAGUGAUAUAUUGAAGAGAUGGAAGAAGCAAUGGUGUGUACUAUACGGAGAUGGUGGGCUUGCAUGUUACACUGAUGAGACAAGAAGAGAGAGAGAGAUGGUUAUCAGAAUGCCAAUUGAUGCUAUCUUCAUCAAUAGUGGGCUAGCUGUGAGGUCAGUAACACCACCAGAUCGCCGCGGUCAUGAUAGCCUGAUUGAAAUCAGAACACAUCUCACAUCUAUUAAUCUGUGUGCAGAGUCCCCUGAUGACUGCAAAGCCUGGACCAUAGCAUUGGAGCAGAUGAGAUCCAUACAGCAGCCUCCACCUCGAGUGUACUCAGCACCAGGAAAUGUGACAGUCAUCCAUCGACGUCAAAAUCCUCCGCAAACUUACCGGGCUUCAACGGUCACAACCACUACAUUUCCUGAUGGCCAUACUGUGGUUACACCAGGCCCUACCCAGACUAUGGUUUACCCUACAACUCAACACACUCAAGUAAUUCAAACAGCUCCUGGACAAGCUGUAUAUAUUGAUCCAAAUCAAUAUGGUGAACCUGGUCAUGUUAUUAUAGAUAGAACUCGUAAUAAUGGUACAUCUGAUUUUGCAACUGGUGCUGUGGUAGGAGCAGCCGCUGGGGCCAUGUUAAUGGGACCUUUGUUGUGGGGACCAAUGCUGUGGUGAAAGAACUCUAAUGGCUUUUACUUACAUUGAUAUGUUUUUUUAUGUUUUGCCAUUGCUGUUGUGCUUUCAUCUCAGUAUGAUUGCAAAAGAAGGGCAUGUUUCUUGUCACAGAUCCGUGCAGAUUGAUUUACAAUUGUCGUGUGUUGGAGGGCAUGCGAAGGCGUACAGUUGCAAUACCAGAUUGCUGCUUUCUCUCAAGAAUAUAAUAUGCUGUAAUCAAGAUAACACAAUGCUUUGAUUAAUAGUGUAAUCUGUUUCACAAAAUAGACAAAUAUUCAUGAGUCGGUGAAAACCUUGAAAUUUUGUAGCAGUGAAAAUUUCACUGGUGUCUCAAAGACGCACAUCGAGGUAGUUUGUGAACACCAUUAAAUCAUCAAAUCACAGAGAUUAAAUGAAUUACACAAUUUUGUUUCAAGCGCUUGCUGAAAAAUUAUGAAUUAUCAAAGAUGAGUCCAAUUUACACAUUUUAUUAUUAUUUUUUUCAGAAAAAAAAUUAAUUUCUUUCAUGAAUUUAUUUCAUAACCGGCUAUAUAUAUUUAACUCGUGGAGCGUUCAUUUUUGUUAUCUGGGUAGAAUCCAUUUCAUAGCAUUUUUUUUAUUAAAAAUUUAUUCAGCAAACCCAGUAACAUGUAUGUCUGCAAUGUCCCUAUUGCUGGUUUCAAAUAAUGAACCAUGUAAACAAUUUAUGUACAUUAUAUCGUAAAAUCUGUAUUAGAAGCCGCAUCCCUAAUAGAAGU